AUGUCUGCCAACGAAAGCUUGUCCUCAGCACUCCCUACUCACGACCUAUCCACUGCUACUUCAGUCAACAGGUCGAAUGCUUUACCCCUCUGCUGGGGCCAUCGAGGGGCAUCUGCCACUUUCCCCGAAAAUACGUUAUGCUCUUUUGAAGCCGCGAUUAAGGACGGCGCCGAGGGCAUCGAGAGCGAUGUCCAUGUGUCUGCCGAUGACGUCGUACUGAUGUUUCACGACCCAUCUCUCGAGCGCACAACGGAUGGUCAAGGGAUGAUCGAGAGCCAGCCUUAUGUUGGUGGGAUCGAUCGCAUUCGUACACUCAAAGCACCUCAUCAGAAGAUCCCAACCUUCGACGAAACGAUGGAUUUGUUGAUGUUGAAAGAAAAUCAACACGUAGUCUUUAACAUUGAUUGCAAGCCGAACAAUGACCCCGAGCGACUAUUCACUCUCAUCAAGGCUUCAAUCGAACGAUUUAAGGAUCAUGCACUUCUCCUCAGCCCUCGUCUCGUCCUCGGGCUGUGGCACCCCAAGUUUCUGGAACCCUCAGCCCGUCUUUUACCUGAUCUCCGAAAGGCGUACAUCGGCAACUCUCCUUCAAUGGCUAGGAAAUACUUUUGGGACGCUUGUUCGGCAUUCAGCAUGAAGUUCUCAUGCUUAGUUGGCUGGGAAGGCUUGUCGUUUCGUGAGGAUUGCCAGAAAGCAGGCAAAAGCCUCCUCGUGUGGACUGUCAAUGAUCGACAGGAAAUGAUUGAAGCCUGUAAAUGGGGCGUCGACGCGAUCCUGACUGAUAAAACUGCGGAUUAUCUAGCCCUUCGACAACAAAUGAAGGAUGAUUGGAGGGCUGUGACUGCUGAGACUUCCGCCCUGUUCCCGUACUCCUCGAUACACUACAAUGGUCUCGUUUCAUGGCUGUGGGGCAGACUGGACUCCUACUCUCUUUCUCGCUCGGUGGGCCCCUUCCAUCCCAUGACGACCCAGUAA